AUGUCUGCACUCUCGACGCCGGGCGGCGGAGGAACUACGGCGCAGAGCAAGCCGACGUCCGGCAAGCAAAAAUAUCAAAAGUUGGACAUCAAUAGUUUAUACUGCGCCAACAGAAACGAAAAUUCUGAACCGUCCUCAGUUAAAUCUCAUCUUAGCCGUAAACAUGGAAUGCAAAGUCUUGGAAAAGUUCCUUCUGCUCGGCGCCCACCCGUCAAUUUGCCUUCUUUAAAAACAGAAACAGGCCAAGAUUCAAACGUCAACUCUGUUUCUGCUAGCACUACAACUGUAUCUACACCAGCAACAUGUACUUCCCAAACUACAGCUACUACAACGAACAGUGGUGUGGUUGCGGGCACCGCCCCAGGAGGUUGGGUGCCACUACCACCACCUACAUCGCCACACUUUCGCACAGAGUUCCCCUCGUUGGAGGCUGCCGCUCAACCGUCACACCGUUCUUCAGAUCAUUCAGCCUCCCAACCACAACUCCGACCACAAACGGAAGGCAGUUGGACGUCCGGUGGAUCGGCUGGCGUUCGCCAAGAAACUACAUCAUCACCCGCCGCCGCGCCCGCCUCAACGCCCGCCUCACAGCAAAUACCCGCUUUCCGUGCAAUUCUGCCAUCCUUCCUGAUGAAAGGUAGCAGUGGCAGUGGGCUCGGGUUGGGCACAUUAGGAGCACUUCGUGACAAUCGAAGCAGUGGCAGUGGCAGCAAUGCAAGUAGUGGAAACUUAGCUGGCUCACGGCCAAUGUCACGCCCCUCCGCUACACCCCGAGCUGUAGAGGUUCUUACUGCACGCCCCAUUCUACGAGAGGAACAAAUAUCCUCACUUGAUGACAUUUCGCGUGAUGCAGGAUGGGCGCAGCAUGACGAUAUUGAUUAUGAUCAAAAACUGGACUUCUCUGAUGGAGAAUCAUCAGCACCCACAAGUAAAUCCAGUAAUAAAAAUAGUAGUAGCCGGGCAAGUGUAGAUAAUGAACGCCUGGAUUCGAAGAUUCAAGAACCUGGUGAUGAAGAGCAACUAUGGGCAGAAAGGCGACAAAAGCAAAACAACGAAGUCGCUCAAGCAGUUGCGCGAGCUCGACAGCGUAAAGAAGAGGAGCAACGACGUCAGAUGCGCGAUAAUUCAGCACCAACGCAACCAACUAAAGACAAUCGUGAUAAGGCAGAGCGACAUGACAAAGAUCGCAAUGAGAAUAGAGACAGGGAUUCAACUUCUAGGGAAAAAGAUAGGUUGGAAAAUAGAGACAGAGAACGGGCGGAUAACAGGGAUAAGGAGCGAAAGGAUCUCCGUGAUAGAGACACAAGGGAAAAGGACCGCGGAGAUGUACGAGACCGCGAGCGUGUAGAUAAUAGGGAUCGCGAUCGUAAUGAUAAUAGGGAUCGAUUUGAAAAUAGAGAUAGAGAACGCGACUCUGAUAGAGAAAGGCAUGAAAAUAGAGACAGAAAUAGAAAUGAAAACAGAGAGCGUCCGGAAAGCGAUAAAGAGAGAUUGGAUGCACGAGAAAGGGACCGUAAUGACAAUAGGGACCGUUUGGAUCGUGACCGAUUUGAUAGGGAUAGGGACCGUGGAGAUAGAGAACGUGAUCGCGAGCGCGACCGCGACCGCGAUCGCGAUCGUGAACGUGAACGUGAACGCGAUCGUGAUCGCGAUCGUGAACGUGAUCGAGAUCGCAUCGACAGAGAAAGACUUGAUCGCGAUCGUGACUUUAGAGACAGAGAUUAUGGGCGCGACCGUGAUCAAACAAAUAACGCUUUUUCAAAAACCUUCCAAGCUAAUAUACCACCACGUUUCUUAAAACAACAACAAAAUCGACAACAGGAAGAACAAAAUAAAGGUUGGGCAUUUUCUGGCAAAACGGCUCCUAGACGCCAAGAUCCCCCUUCAUAUAAUGCCCCACGCCAUGCGUCUAACAAUGGUCGUCGUUCAUAUUCAAGGGAUUAUUCAGAUCGUGAAGAUGAAGUUCGUAGAGACAAAGAAGGCGCUGGACCGCAGUGGCGCUCAGAAAUGCAGGAUUAUGAUAAAUCUGGGCGAGAAGUAGACAAAUCAAAUUCUAAAGACUAUAAAGAAUUUGGUAAUGAUUACAAAGACAGAAGAAAUGAUCCUGAAAGAAAACCAUUGGAUAGCAAUAUUGAACAAAGCAGUAGAACUGCUGCUGAUAAAUUAACGGAGGUAUUUGAAAGGAAAAGUAUAGGUCUGGCUGAACCGUUUACUUCUUCCGAUACAUCUAUUCAGAUACCAGCUGUAGAAACACGUUCAUCACAGUCUAUAAAUGUAUCUCAGCGGGAAUCGUCUGAAAAAGAUUAUAGUAAAACAUCGUGGGCAGAAGUGACACAAGAGGAACAAACACAUUAUUUACCCGUUAAGUCUGCAGAAGUUGAUGGAUCAUCUAAAGAACAGGAACACACUUCAAAAGAACUAUCUAUUUCUAAUUCUGAGAAAACAGAUUCUAAUACUUCUUCACAACAAACUCUUUCUGGGCAAACACAACAACAAAACUCAAUUUUAUUAAAUAAUUCAUCUAACCCUGUUGCACCACAAAGUCAGGGUAACAAGUUUCACAAUAAUCUUAAUUCCAGUGCUCAAAACUCAUCUCUUAAUCAUCAAGUAACACAUAUUAAUUAUGGAAAUACUCAAUCACCAUCUAUUUCUUCUAAUCAGAAUCAGAUUCCAGUAUCUGAAGGCCAAUCACUUUCCAAACCUGUUCAUCAAAGUAAUCCUCAAUCUGGAAACCAGAAUGACAAUUUAACAAUUUCUUCACAAGUUCAAAAGCCAGUGGCUGAGUCACAACAACAACACCAACAAAAUAUGGGCAAACCAUUACUUGCAUCACAAAAAUCUGAAAAAGAAUUCUCCGAAUCUGAAUCAACAGCCUUAAAGUCUAGCACUGAACCAUCUGGUUCAUUGGUUAAAGGUAAUGAUUCACAUUCUGUUGAAUCCAUUCAUAAUAGCAAUGAUUCCCAAAAACGCGUGAAUGACGAUAAGAGAAAUGAUCGUGUCAGCAAUGAACAAUUACAUAAAGUUUCUUCAAAAGAGCCAAUUGAAAGAAAGUCUAGUGGGUCAGGAUCUGAAAAGAAAGGCAGGGGUUACGGAAAUAACGGUGGUUUUGUUUAUAAUAGAGGUUGGGGGCCAAGAGAAUCUCGUGGACGACGUUCACAUCGUAGCUCUCGUUCUAAAAAUAGGGCUAGUGAAUCAGAUGGUUCGACUGAUGGAGCUCCAAAUGCGGAAAGAAAAGAACGUCGUAGGGCCCCUCGAAGCCCCCGUGGCCCUAAAAAACCAGAGAGAACGGAAGAUGUUAAUCAUUUAAUUGAUAAUAGUCAGCAUGCUACUGAUAGUUUAGAAAAUAGGGAGGUACCUUUUGCACCUAGGGGACAACCGUCUAGACGAGGUCGGGGUGGUUUUCAAGGUGCAGCUAGACCUCCAGCCCCUGCAAAACGAGUAACUGGCUAUGGACCGCCAAAUACAAAGAGCCCUUUCAGUCAAGCAAGUAGAGCUAAUAAAGAUAAUGAUGAUAAUAAGGAUAGUAUUCAAGACGACCGAGGAAGAGGUAAUAAACCACGUACUGGUUCGUCGACUGGAAGAGGACGUGAUCGUCGUCCCAAAGGAGCUGGUCCUCUAAGCGGCGAAGAUGAGAAUUGGGAGACGACAUCCGAACAUUCCGAAGGCGGCGGCGCUGGCGCUCGUCGUCGGUCUCUUGGUGGGAGGCAACCUAGCCAAUCCCAAAAAGGGCAAAGUGGGCGUCAUCAUAAUUCCGGCAACCGACAGAAUAACGGUCGCAACGCUCAAGCAGGGAAGAAAGAUGGUGAUGGGAAAAAUACAGAUCUAACAGAGGCUAUAAGAGAUCUUAAGAUAACUACUACUAAAAAGGAUGAUGAAGUAGUUGAUGACGGUUUUCAAGAAGUACGAAAUAAGAAGAAUUCUAAAGAUGCAAGGGGACCAACAAAAGACGAAAAUCAGCAUGUUUCUAAGCAGCCUAGAUCUCGUUCUAAUCAAGGCGGAGGUAGAAAUGGAUCUUCAACAAGAAACUCUAAUGACAAGGCAAAUAAUCGGGGAACAGCACCAGUUUCUGGAAAAACUAAUACACAAUAUGAUAGACCACGUCAAGCUAAUUUAGCUCCUCGCUUUGUGAAACAAAGGCAGAAACAACAAAUGGGAUUGAUGACUAGUUUUAGCCCAGAUACUGGCGCUGCACCCCCUCCGCCGCCUGUAAAUGCCUGGGAUAAACCAAUUUCACAGACGUUACGUGGUAAUGUUGAAGAGCCUGUAGAAGUAGUUGAUAAUAAGUCAAGUCAGUCAAGCCAGCGAAGUACUCCUGGAGACACUCCAGCUGAAGUAAAAACAACUACGGCCCCAUGCACAAUCCCAAUUGAAAAAACUGGAGUAUUGGAUGGGUCUACUCCUCCAGUAGAAACAAUUAUAUUCGAAAACACUAACUAUAAGACUGCUCCUCCAGCAGAAGCCUUAAAACAAAAGUAUCAACCAAGUGCAACCUCUGCCAAAACUCAAGGAGAAGAAGUGCCUGCGGAAAUUGACUCACGGUCAAUUACAUUUAAUGGAGAUGUAAGACCACGGCCAAGAUCCAUUCAAGAAAUAAUGGCUGAUAAUAGUAGGCCAGUAUCUGAUACUGAGGGGACACUGGGUCUGCCAAUGACUUUUGAUACAUCACAAAAAGCAGAGGAUUCUUCCGACAUGAAACUUGAUUUUGCAUUUGAUUCAGAUUUGGGCCAACUUACCGAAGAUAAAUCGACUAAGUCACUUGGAUUGCCACGCAGUACACAUAUGAGCACUUCAAAUACAAUCUCCCCUCUUGCUGCAGAUCUCAAUUUAAAAAUUGCUAGCGUCAAAAAAGUGUGGGAAAUGCCAGCAGUUGCCGAAGGUAGUGAAGAAUUGCAGUUUGCCGGAUUUGAAGAAACUAACACAGAAACCGGUGCCCCUCCAAAUGUAUGUAAAGUAAAGCCAACACAGCAAUUACAGUCGCCGCCCCCUCAACACUACAAUCAUAUGGGAUAUCAGGGUGGAUAUGGGGGCUUAUCAGUGUCAUCGCCUCCUGCUGUGUUAUUUAACUCAUCCCAACAGCUUCUAGGUUCAUCUCAACAGUUACCGCAACAGGGUGGUCUGUAUGGAGCAUUUUUAGAUCAAAGCCGAGGACAAUUUGGAGGUUUUCCUGGAACACCAUAUGGUGCUGGUUCAGCUGCCCCUUACAAUUAUCAGCCACCUCCUGAUAUGUUCCAGAGUCUCCCAAGUCAAUAUCGCAUGGCGGCUGCUGCAGGUGGCGGUGCUGCAUUUGGCCAAUCUGGACAGUUGGGCAAUAGUCCUAACACUGUCCUCAUCUCCAGCACUUCGAACUCUUUAAUGUCUGCUACUGUUAAACCUGCUUCACAGCAAAUAGGUGCAAUAGGUAGCAAAGGCGGCGGUGUCGGUGGGGUGGGAGGAGUAGGAGGAGUGAACACAUACCAGCAGCAGUUCCUUGGUUAUUCUGGACCUGUAGGGGAGGCUCCAUACUCUUUACCUGGACUGUUGCCUCGUCCCGCACCACCAGCCAGCUCGUAUUACUCGCCAUACCAGCCGCCGACUGCCCCAGCGCCGACCUAUCCUCUUCAGUUUACUCAGCCUGCGCAGUCUGGCAAUGCGUUCGGCUCACAGUUUCUCACUUCACAACUUCAAGUGGCUGCCGCCGUGCAGCAGAUGCAGCAGCAAUACAGGGCUCCGUUGCAGCAGCAGUACGCUCCGCCGCAGCCGCGCCCGCCGCCGCAGCCGCAGCUGAAGAGUCCGCUGCACGAGCAUGCGAAUGGGUUCGCGCCACUGUGCGAGGCCGCGUCGCCCACGCCCAAGGGUGCCAAGCCGCAAAAGCCCCCGCACUCGCCACCACAGCACAAGUACCACGCGCCGCCGCCUGCGCACACGCCGCACCAGCACCACCAGCACCACCAGCAGCAUCAGCACCAGCAGCACCAACAGCACCAACAGCACCAGCAACAUCAGCACCAGCAACAUCAGCAACAUCAGCAGCAGCAGAUGGUCGGCGGCGGGAACAACGGCCGGUGCGGUGGCGGCGGCGGCGGCAGUGGUGGCGGCGCGGUGUCGCGCGGCGGCGGGGGCGCGGCGCCGCGCUACCCGGCGCCCAUCCAGCGGCCGCACGCGCCCGUGCUGCCGCUGUACCGCGCGCCGCCCGCGCCCGCCCGCCCGCACCACGCGCCCCCGCGCAACAACCUCUACUACCACCAGCAGCGCAACGGCAGCGGCGCUAGUGGCGGUGAGGUGGGCGGGAGCGGUGAGCGCGCGGCGGACGGCGAGGCGCCAGCCGGCGAGCCGGCGGACGUGCCCGCGCCGCCCGACGCGCCCCCUCCCGCCGAGGUCAAGGCCGAGUGA